UUUUAUAAAAAUAAUAAAUUAUUUAAAUUUUUUGCAGUUUUAAACUAAUAAACACAAAAUGGCUGGCCCUUUAUUGAAAUCUUGCUGCUUUUGCCAAUCCACCCGUAAUGGCUCUAUCAUCUCCGGUAUCUUGGCCAUUAUAUUAUCCAUCAUUACCAUUAUAUUGAUUUUCACCACCAGAGUACAAUUCAAAACAAUCGUAUUCGAUUGGAUUCCAACAGAAAUUGUUAAAAUUAUUUUGGUUAUCAAUCUUUGUAUGACCAUAUUAAUAUCUCUGCUAAUGAUAGCGGGUGUUAUAAAGCGCAAUCAUUAUCUAAUGAUGCCCUGGGUGGUAUUGGGUAUUAUGAUUGCCAUCGGUUUAUUAGUAUCUGUCAUUUACACAGCUGUUGUCUUCUUUAUUGAUGGUUUCGUAUUGACUGGUGUCUUGUGGCUGGUAUUUGGUUUGAUUGCAUGUGCCAUUUUAACCUACUGCUGGUGUGUUGUAUACAGUGAAUAUACAAUUCUCGCUGAAGAAAACGAAAGAGGGCGCUACAACAAGCAACCUUAUAGACGUUAAGUUUUUUAAGAACUUUAAAACUAAACUUAAUUUUUAAUAUUAACAAUUUUAAUAUUUAUUAUUUUCUUUUAUAAUGAAUUUAUUAUUAAGCCAAAACUAAACACAACUGAUUAAUUUUAAUUGAAAAGUUAUAAACAAUAUAUUUUUUAAUAAAAAAAAGUAAUAAAAAUUUAUGUUAAAAUGUAAACUAAUAAACUAGAGCAGUGCGUUAUUUACUGUUUUUUUAACCAAAAUUUAAGAAACCCGAAACAAACUUGAUGGAAAUUAGCAAAAUCAAAAUCCAAAAAAACUGUUCUUUAAAAUGUUUAUUUUAGGUCAUAUGUAUGUAUGGUUUAUAUUUUGUAUUGAGCUCUACUGGUUUUAUAUUUAUGAAUGUAUAUUUUUUAGCUAAAUUUAUUUUAUAAAUUCUUGAUAUUACUUUUUUUUGUAAUUUAUUUCGCACUACUUAUAUUUGUAUGUAAUUUGUUUUGAUAUCUUGCAUCAAAAAUUCGAAUAAAAAUAAAACUCAGAAAUUGUU